UUUGUGCCGGGCUCUACCCUAAUGUUGUUCAGUGCAAAAGAAGAGGAAAACGGACGGCGUUCUAUACGAAAGAAGUUGGGAAGGUUGACAUCCAUCCAGCUUCUGUCAAUGCCGGGGUUCAUCUCUUCCCUUUGCCUUACAUGGUAUACAGUGAAAAGGUGAAAACCACCAGUAUCUAUGUUAGAGACUCUACCAACAUUUCAGAUUAUACCCUGCUUUUGUUUGGUGGUAAUCUUGUCCCUGGCAAAAAUGGCGAGGGCAUUGAGAUGCUUGGAGGUUACCUUCAUUUCUCUGCCUCAAAGAGUGUCAUUGACUUGAUAAGGAAAUUACGUGGAGAGCUUGACAAGCUUCUGAACAGAAAAAUUGAAGAACCAGGAUUGGACAUUACUGCAGAAGGAAAGGGAGUGGUUGCUGCUGCUGUUGAGUUGCUUCACAGUCAAACCAUUCGCUGAUUUCUUUUUUUCAUUCACAAGGGUUUGUUCUUCAGCUGAGUCCUGCCAUUCAUUAGUAAUAGUAUUAUAUAGAUUUCUUAUGAUUUUGCUAGCAGCUAUUUUCAAUCACUUAUAUGGAAUGUACAUGUGUUAUAUCUGUUUUGUCUUGUUUAGGAUGGAAAUACUAAUGUUAGACAACAAAAGUAGAAAAGGGACCGAUUUUAACAUUGUAUUCUUACCAACAUAGGAGGAAAAAAAGGGUUAGCAGUAGCAUUAUUUGUCUGGUGCGUGCGAGGGAGAAUGCCAUG